CUUUAUUUGAUGAACUUUUUAACAGGCUAAUCAAGCCACAGGCCCAGCGCGAACACCACCGCCGGCCACGCAUUAUCACAUCAUUUGAUCACCGCAUAAUGAAUACAUACACCGUGUAAGUUCAAUCAAAGUUGACCCUGAGAGGAAAAUGAAUUAAUAGCACAUUCUAUUAGUACAACUUGACUUUCUAGCCACUCACAUAAAAAUGUGAAGCCUAAUGAGGAAACAAAACAACGCUGUUAUCCUCCGCUGGCUUCUUUUGGGUGUCACUGGAGUGAAACAUUUGCCCUCUCUGCCCCACUGUGACAAUAUUUGCGGAGUAAAUCCCUCGCAGUGUCAAAGCGUGAAACAUUUGGCAUCGGAAUGGGACACCGAUAGCCUCUGGCAGUAGUGACACACAUUGAGACAUUCAUCCAUCCUGGAGAAAAUGGUUUGUCUCUUAGAAUGACACAGUGUCAUGACAUCGUGCACGAUUGCUUCCUCGCUCCCUCCCCCUAAAAACUGGAUUGUACCUGAGGUCAGAGUUCAUGCGUCCUCCUCCUCGCAGUGGUCGUCCCGCGCGUCUCUCCCCCCGGCUCCUCGUGCAUGCGACCCCGGCCGCCGUCCGCCACCGUCUGCCGCCCAGCUUCAUUGUUUGCUCGGCCAAUGCGUGAGUGCGUGCAGGCGCGUCACCUUGAUCGACGAGCGGCUGGAAUUUAAAUAGCCACUCGAACAGCAAUCUGUCAGCGGCUGAGAGGAUAAGCUCAAGUGUCUCACUGGCUGACCCGGACCCACGUGACCACACCCGUUCAUUGAUAUCGGUCAGCCCCCAUCCCCCCAUCCCCCCACCCCUCCCGAUAUCAGAGUAUAGGUAAAUGUUGGCACGCAUCACUCGGGGUAAGAGAGGAUAUAGAUCAGAGGUGCUCCAGGCGCUCCCUGGGUCCAAUAUGCCACAAUGAGCACUUUCUUCGAUUAUUCGGUCGUGAGCAGUGAGGGUGGGUCGUGUUCCGUGAGAGCUUUCCACCCGGAUCACGGGAUUACAACUUUCCAGUCGUGCGCCGUGACGGCGAACAACUGCGGCGCGGAUGAGCGCUUCAUGGCGAGCGGGGCUUCCUCGGACGACCACCGGCAGCGGCCGGCCUCGUACCAGCCCGCCGCGGGCAAUCUGGGUGUCGCUUAUGGCGCACACCCGGCCUGCGGCUCCAGCUACGGCGCGCAAAGUUUCUGCGCCUCCUACAACCAUUACGCGCUGAACCAGGAAGUAGACGCCGCCGCGGGCUUCGCACAGUGCGGCCCGCUCGUGUACUCGGGUAACCUUUCCACCUCCGUGGUGGCGCAGCAUCGCCAGGGUUACAAUGCCGCCCCUCUGGGUCAACUGCAGUAUGGCCACCCUGCCUACGGAGGCGGAGGCGGGCAGGAGCAAGCCACCCCCUUCCCGGGGUGCUCGAACCCUCUGUCCCCGCUGCAUGCCGCUCACCUGGACGGAUGCUGCUCCCCUCUGUCCGAGGGAGCCCCCAAUGCUCAGACCUUCGACUGGAUGAAAGUCAAGCGGAAUCCCCCCAAAACAGGGAGGUCAGGUGAGUACGGCUACGGAAGUCAGCCCAACACGGUGCGGACCAACUUCACCACCAAGCAGCUGACCGAGCUGGAGAAGGAAUUCCACUUUAACAAAUACUUGACCCGGGCGCGGCGCGUGGAGAUCGCCGCCACGCUGCAGCUGAAUGAGACUCAGGUGAAAAUCUGGUUCCAGAACCGCAGGAUGAAGCAGAAGAAGCGGGAGAAAGAAGGAUUGCUCCCGGUCAAGGCCGUGCCCUCUGACCCCGGGGAGCGCCUUCAAGAGAAAAUGGACGACGCGGCGUCAGAGAAGUCUGUUUCGGCUCCUUCUACCCCCUCCCCUCCUUCCUCCACGGUGUCCUCCACUGGGGCUGACCCUUACUGCUCCAAUUAACAACCUUUCGCUUCGUUCCCCAAAGCUGAGCGCCAAACUCCCGCAUUGCCCAAUGGACAUUUUGGGGGAACUCGUGCACUUUUUGGACAUGUAGGCAAAACGGACCACUGCUGGGUUCGAAUUGUCUUUUCUAUCAUGCAUUGUGUUCAUCAAUUGAUGUGCAGUAUAUUCACUUGCUUUGACCUGACCAAAAAUGUGCCAAAGUUGUGCAUCAAGACACACGAUCAUCAUAUCACAUCGUGCGAAUGAAUGUCCAGUGGAAGAGUUGCAUGGUGCAUUCACGUGUUAUCGGGAUGCUGAGUUUUAUCAGUUUGACCCGGCACGUGUUGCAGGCUUCUAUCUGUUCUUAUAUUUACUCAAGCACAUACCACAACUCUUACGG